AUGGCCUCAGAAAACCAAGAAAAGAAGUCCAAGCCCAGCAGCCUGCGCUCUAUUAUUGCGGGCUCUUCGGCGGGCGCGGUUGAGAUCGCAAUUACAUAUCCCGCUGAGUUCGCGAAGACGCGGACACAGCUCAACCGUCAACUAGCGAGCUCGGAGAAGCUCCCUUGGCCGCCCUUUGGAAAACAAUGGUAUGCCGGAUGUACAACAUUGAUCAUUGGAAACUCUUUGAAGGCUGGAAUUCGCUUCGUUGCGUUUGACAGCUUCAAGUCACUCCUCCAGGACGAGAAUGGCAAGAUAUCAGGUCCGCGAACAGUCAUUGCUGGGUUUGGUGCUGGCUUCACCGAGUCCUUGCUGGCUGUCACCCCCUUCGAGAGCAUCAAAACGCAGCUGAUCGAUGAUCGAAAAUCCCCGAACCCUCGAAUGCGUGGCUUUUUGCACGGCAGCAAGAUUAUUUUCCAGGAGCGGGGUGUUCGUGGCUUCUUCCAAGGCUUUGUGCCUACGACAGCAAGGCAGGCUGCCAAUUCUGCUGUCAGAUUUUCGAGUUACACGACGCUGAAGCAGUUUGCUGAGGGAUAUGUCGCUCCCGGAGAAAAACUAGGAACAGUGAGCACAUUUGCCAUUGGUGGUUUAGCGGGGCUCAUCACGGUCUACGUUACCCAGCCUAUCGAUACUGUAAAGACAAGAAUGCAAUCGCUCGAGGCCAGCAAGAACUAUAAGAACAGCUUGGUUUGUGCAGCAAGAAUCUUCAAGGAUGAGGGUAUCUUCACAUUCUGGUCUGGGGCUGUCCCACGCUUAGCCCGACUGAUCAUGAGCGGAGGGAUUGUGUUUACAAUGUAUGAGAAGACAAUGGAUGCACUCGACGCUAUUGAUCCACAGAGGGUGUACAUCUGA